UUCUUCUUCUUCCGAAAAAAAAAAAAAGGGAUAAAACCCCAACAGGCAUUUUGGAGGGUAAUUUGAGAGAGACAUGAACAAACGAUGAAGCUAAGCUUCAGUCCGAGACUCUCACCGUUUCUUAAACCCUCACUUUUCACAAACCUCCACCGCUCCGUUUGCUCUGCUUCUUCAAUACCACCACCACCCACCACCCCAAAACCCCAAACCCCUCUGUUUCUGCGACCGCCCACCCACUCUGCCACCACCUCCGACCUCCAAAAAUGGCACGACUGGGCCAACACCCUCGCUUCCUCUGUUGGGUCAACGUUCGUGGACUUGGACAACGGUCCGGACUCGACCGUUUUGCGCAGAGAGCUCAAAUGGCUCAUGGAGGACGCAAUCGAAGAAACCAAAAACGUCGAUAACAAUGACGGAAGCGUUAGGCUAAGGGUCGAAAUUGAGGAGCUUUAUAUGUUGUGGAAGCAGAGGGUUGAGGAGAGGAGGCCUUUUCAGUAUGUUGUCGGGUGCGAGCAUUGGAGGGACUUGGUGUUGUGUGUUGAAGAAGGGGUUUUGAUUCCGAGGCCAGAGACUGAGCUCAUUGUUGAUUUGGUGGGGGGUGUGGUUUUGGGGAAUGAGGGGUUGAGGGAGGGGUUGUGGGCUGAUUUGGGGACGGGGAGUGGCGCGAUUGCGAUUGGGAUUGCAAGGGUUUUGGGGAGUGGUGGGAGAGUCAUUGCUACCGAUUUGAGUCCCACGGCAAUUGGGGUUGCAGCUUUGAAUGUGCAGAGGUAUGGUUUGCAGGAUAUAGUGGAGCUAAGGCAAGGAUCUUGGUUUGGACCGUUAAAGGAUGUGGAAGGUAAACUCUCAGGCUUUGUAAGUAAUCCACCCUACAUACCAAGUGACAAUAUCGCGGGGCUACAAGCUGAAGUUGGACGACAUGAACCAAGAGUUGCACUGGACGGCGGUGUCAAUGGCAUGGAUGAUCUUUUACAUCUUUGCAAAGGGGCUGCUUUUAUGUUGAAACCUGGUGGAUUCUUUGCUUUCGAGACAAACGGCGAGGAGCAGUGCAAGUAUCUCGUAGAGUACAUGGAAAACGAUGCUGGAGGCAGCUUUUGUAAUUUGAACAUAGUUGCCGAUUUUGCUGGUAUUAAUAGAUUUGUUACUGGAUUCCGAAGGUGAGCGAUAUGAAGUAAGAUCUCCUACUCCCACCUGGAAUCCGAGUCGCCCGUUCUUUUACAUUUAGAUGUAAACAAGAAAUAAUCAUAUUUGUUUAUGAGUAAGAUAUCCAUGCGCUAGUAUUCCAGUACAA